GAGAGAUAGAGAGAGAGAGAGAGAGCACCAAAAAAUUACUGACAUUUAUUUACGACCGUAUCGAGAUCAGCAAGGUAAAUUGACGUAGCCACUGGCUACUUGUACCGCUUGAGUGGCAAUCACUUGCCUCGUUUCUUUAUAUCAUUUGUUCAUCGCCAGCGAAAUUAGAAAUGGCUAAUAUGUACAUCAAUUUCGUUUGCCUCUUGGCUGUCAUUGCCGCAACUCGUGGAGCAUAUAAUUGCCCGAAAGAAGACGGACAGUACGAAGAUCCAAAGCAGUGCGACAAAUACUACGAGUGUAUCGACGGUUUACCAAUUGAAAAGUACUGUCCGGAUGGCCUGGUGUUCGAUCCUCUGAACCGGAAAGUUAACAAGUGUGAUCAUGUCUUUAACGUUGAUUGCGGCGACCGACUUGAGCUGCAGCCACCUCAACCAACGAAAAAGUGUCCGCGCAGAAACGGUUUCUUCGCACAUCCUGAUCCAUCGGUCUGCAAUAUAUUUUUCAACUGUAUAGACGGCGAGGCCAUUGAAAUUACUUGCACGACUGGGCUACACUUCGACGAAUACAGUGGCACGUGUGUCUGGCCCGACAGUGCUGGUCGAAAGGGCUGCGGUGUCGUUGGCAAGACGUUGUCCGAUGGUUUUGAGUGCCCAAAGGAUACAGGCGUUGACAGUAGAGGACUCGCCGUCGACCAUCCAAAGUUCGCACAUCCCGAAGACUGCCAGAAGUUCUACGUGUGCUUGAAUGGCGUCACACCACGUGAACAAGGAUGCAGCGAUGGUACCGUUUACAAUGAGGAGCAUCAGAGGUGCGACGCACCCGAGAACGUUCCUGGAUGCGAGGACUGGUAUAAAGACGACGCUAAGAAGCCAUAAAUCACCGCAACGACAUUGAUUUGUCCCGCAUCGGGACACCGUACAUAUAUAAAUAUAUCUCCGCCUCAUGUAUCUAUCGUUAGUUCUAUAGAUAUGUAAAUGUUUUGUAAUAUUAUUAAAUUUUAUCUCGCACAAGGCUUUUGUGCUUUUAUAAACAAAAUAAA